AUGGCCCGACGAUCCAGCGGAGAAACCCCUUUUCUGGUUGAUGUAAAGACGACGCCAUUUCUCAGCCAACAAGAUUACGACUACUUCAACGCCUGGGUCAAGUACUCGCCGACUUUGGGUGCCGGUUUCGUCUUAGAUCUCUACACCACUACAAUCACGCAGUUUGGCUUCCAAGACGUCGCACCUCAUACGCCGCAAGCCACCCUUCCGGGGGGCACUCUGGUCGAGGCGGUGGGUGAUAGAGGCUUACAAAUGCCCACCGCUUUCAAUGACCUUAAAGGGGCUUCUCGAUGGCUCGAUAUGAUCCAAAAACGAUGCCAUGAUGCUAUACGUGGCUCUCUGGACAGAAGAGAUUGUGACUUGGCCGAGGGCAGGGAAUCCCGCGACAUCUGUGAUGAUCCUCAGUGGCUUGAUGAUCGGAGCAACUUCUUGGCUAUGUUGCAGAAAUGGGACUUGGCGUUUACAUCUUCUUACGGCGAAACCGAACGCAGGAAAGGCGAAGACCCAGAUAGCUUUUCUGGAGCCGUUUCCAUGCGUCUACAGUGGAGUUUCAUCUAUGCAACCAUGUACACUUCCCUUUAUCGAGAUUACAACUAUCUCGUUGCCGCGACUCCGAAAUUCCGCGAAUUGGUACAGCUCGUAAAGCUGUUGCUGGCAAAGAAACCCGAAGACACGCGAACCAUCCCUUAUUCGAUCAACGGACCCGUGUACAUGCUCUACGUCCCCGGAUCCAAGUGUCGUGAUGCGGGGUUAAGGGCAGAAGCUCGUCGAAUUUUGAGUGAGAACCGCCGGUUCGAUGGUCUAUGGGAUGCUCGGGCGGCUUCUGCUCUCUGUGAAUGGACAGGCCAACUAGAGGCAGAUUACAAAAUGAUCCUCACCGAUCCAGAGGAGAUCUGGAACAAAAUUCGUGAUUGCUAUGUCAAAUUCCACGGGCGGGAAAACUCGGCAAUCGCGGGUGCUGAGCGGUUCAACCCGGAGACCGGGGAAUGCUUCAAUGUCGGGAUUAUACUGGCACCCGCCCCUCCGUCCACAGACGACCUCUUCAUGACCACUACCCACCCCGUCACCCUAACCAACUCCGCUGGCCUCAACGCCAUGACUUUACUACCACCCACAAUCUCCCUUAACCGUCCCGCGUCCCGGAAGUACCAUACUGCGCAUUAUCGACUUCCUCCCCGACGCCCGCUCUUCAUGCACCGCGCCAUGUCACUCGACUUUGACGUUGUCAUUGAGGGCGAGCUCGAGUCGAUCUUCGACACCGGGGAGACGAGGCUCUUGAAUAAGUUGGACGUGAUUGUGCAGCGCGGGACGAACCAUGCGUGGUAG